CACUCUCAGAAAAAAGUUGCUUCAAUUUCUGCAUAUGAUAAAUGCAAACGGAUUUCAGGCACCUACUAAUGUCCUCUUUUAUUUUUGAAUUAGGUUUCAAACUUGCUCAAGAUUUGAUUUUGGUAUCUCAAAAGAUCAUGGAUAUUACAAAGGCCGAAACAUUAGUGAUGGAUGCUGAACGUAAUUUUUUUAAUAAUGCUACUUCAGGCAAUAUGAACGCGGGUAGUAUGAAGCAAGCUUGGGAUUGCCUCAAGAUCUUGCCAGCAAUGACAGAAAUUCAAAAGACUUUUGUCCUAAUUAAUAGUAUACGUCUACUUAUCCGUAUCUAUUUACCCCUUUGUUUUAAAGCUGGGCGACAAUUAAACAGCUUAAGAUCUUCAGGAUUGUUUAGCAACUGGGCACUGUCGAAAUACUUGAAUUUAUUUUCAUGUAAAAAUUGAUCAAUAAAUACUUUUUGUAGGCUUGAGUUGUUUCUGGAUACAAAAUGUUUGUAAGUUCAUUACUAUUUUAGAAUUUACGCUCUU